CUCUGUUUUGCCUGGGGCUUAGGGCUUGGAGCGGCGGCAUGCUGAGAAAGCUGGCUAGGAAUUGCCAUGAACUUGAACAUCUUCCGGGGCAAGCAGGCGACGCCGAACUGGAGGCUCCUCGAUAUUCCCGAGAACAAGAUGCAAACCCUCACCAUCAGCAAGGAGACGGCGCUGGUUCGCCCCUAUGCUGCCGCCGCAAUCCUUCGCAACAUCAAGUUCACGCAGGCCUCUUACGACUCUUUCAUUAGCCUCCAAGACAAGCUCCAUCAGAAUUUGGCGAGGCAGCGCACCCUGGUUGCGAUCGGAACGCACGAUCUCGACACUAUCAAGGGCCCCUUCACCUAUGAGGCGCUCCCGCCCAAAGACAUCAACUUCGUGCCGCUGAACCAGACCAAGCAGAUCAACGGCGAGGAGCUGAUGAGCUUCUACGAGACGGACAGGCAUAUCGGCAGAUAUCUGCACAUUAUCCGCGACAAGCCGGUGUACCCCUUGAUUCUCGAUGCCGACAGGAACGUUUGCUCCCUUCCCCCCAUCAUCAACAGCGAGCGGUCCAAAAUCACGCUCAACACGAGGAACGUCUUCAUCGACAUGACAGCGACGGACCAGACCAAGCUCGACAUCGUCUGCAACAUCAUGGUCACUAUGUUCUCCAAAUAUUGCGCAGAGCCGUUCACGAUUGAACCGGUCAAGGUGAUUUCGGAGCACAACGGCACCACUCGCAUUACACCCAGCUUGGCCACCCGGACAAUGGAUGUCGAGGUCGAUUAUCUGAACGGGGUGUGCGGGCUCAACGAGUCGCCUGCCUCGAUAUGUAAACUCCUGAGCAAGAUGGCGUACUCCGCCGAGCCGUCAGAGGAUCCGAAGCUCAUCCGGCUUACGGUGCCGCCGACCAGGGCGGAUGUCUUGCACCCAUGCGAUGUGAUGGAGGACCUUGGCAUCGCCUACGGCUUCAACAACCUGCCUCGCUCGUCGCCGAACCGGUCCGUUACAAUUGGCCAGCCGCUGAUGAUCAACAAGCUCAGCGAUAUCGUGCGGCACGAGUGCGCGAUGGCCGGCUGGGCGGAGGUGAUGCCGCUCAUCCUGUGCUCGCACGAGGAGAACUUCGAGUGGCUCAACCGCAAGGAUGACGGCAAGACAGCGGUCAAGCUUGCCAAUCCGAAGUCGGUCGAGUACCAGGUCGUGCGGACAUCGCUGCUGCCCGGUUUGCUUAAGACCCUGAGCGAGAACAAGGCGAUGCGUCUCCCCCUGAUGAUCUUCGAAUCCUCCGACGUCGUCUUCAAGGACCCGUCGGUCGAGCGGCGGGCGCGGAACGAGCGCCACUGGGCGGCGGCCUACUACGGCAAGACGAGCGGUUUCGAGGUGGUCCACGGCCUCUUGGACCGCGUCAUGACCAUGCUGCGCGUUGCUUUCGUCACGCACGAGGAGGGCCUUUCGGGGAAGAGCGUUGACUUCGAGGUGAAGGAAAACCCGAGCCCGCAGGACGGCUACUUCAUCCAGGAGAUCGACGAGCCCACCUUCUUCAAGGGGCGCGCAGCCGCCAUCUACGUGCGGCUGGGCGGGAAGCUGCAGCGGAUCGGCGAGCUCGGUGUCCUGCAUCCGACCGUGCUGGAGAAGUUUGAUCUGAGAUACCCGGUGAGCACUUUGGAGGUUAACCUCGAGGUCUUCCUAUGAGCCUUCUCUGCAGCCCAUAUACAUCUAGAUCUGGUCCGGUGAUUGAGGGGGCACAGAAAAAUAGAUAGAGUACAGCCGAUCCAUGCUGAUGGCUGGUUCGCAUUGCUUCGUUCCGUUCGCAGCCGGUCGUCUCGGCAUAGCGGUUUGAUUUCGAGCUGCAGUUGCCAAUCACGCCUUGACUGAGCACCACCUCAGGGGCCUCCACUCCGGAUAACGUCAGCUUGAAACCGCGCCAGCCAGAUCUGCUCAUUCCGACCUUUCCCCUUUCUUCACAAGCGCCAGAUUUGACGAGCAGACGGAUUCUCACUUUUACACCAGGGUCAAACAAAAGGCGUAUUGCGAACUGCACCGCCACACUACACUAGAGAGGGCGGAAUCGACGGACCCUGUCCGGGACAUUGAAAGAGCUGUGCCCCCACGUGGCUUCUUGUGCGAAAAUUUUUUCCCACCUCGAAGGGAUUGUCUCCCUCUGGGAG